AUGUGGCCCGUCUCGGGGUCCCCAUCCAGGAAGACGGCAGUGACCAGCGCAGCUGAGUUUGCUGGUAAUGGCUUUCAUACUUCGCUGCCAAGUCAUUGCUUGACCGCCUCUGGCUCUCUUCCACCCUUCACAUGGUUGGGCGAAAAGAGGCCUUCGAGGAAGUCGGUCGACUGGCAUACGCAGCAUGUGGCCAAGCCAGCGCAACCUGUGCAGUGUGAUCAGUUCAUCUAUCGAGGGGCGAUCAAGGCUUACAUUCCAUUCGCCCGUAUGCACUCUCUCCACCGGCUGUGUUGCAGGAGGCCAGCUGAACUGCUGUUCGAAGUGUUCGGCCCAUCUCUCCAGUCGACGUUUUUGCGAUUGGCAUCGCUUGACAAUGGGUUGCCAGGGGCCCGCUCUCGCUCACUCACUCCUAUCCAUUUCCCUCCUGGUGGUCCACCUGCCCAAUCGAUGCCCAAUGAAUACCAAAUGAAAGAAAACAUUCCCAUCUCUCCCGGCCCUGGUUCCACUGGAAUGUGGCUGACUGGACAUCCACCGUCUCAUGCGAUGGGUGGCAAUACAGCACGUCCGUACGACUCGCAAGCAUAUCGACCUGGCUUGCCCUCUUCCUGUCCCGGAUAUCAGACCAGUGUCAAUUCAGGCAGACCUUCUACCGGCGCUUCGGCUGGCGUCCCGGGUGGUCCUGGUACACAUCGGGAUCCGAAUUCUUUGACUGCCUCUGGCCGCCUCGAUUCGGGCUCACAUCAACUCUCCCAAUCCAUGCAACGACCACAGUCGUCCGCAUUGGACACACAAGCACCGGUGAGUCAUUCGGUGCUCUGGGAAGGCGAAGUGAAUGUGAACGAUCCUAAUUUUUCCGGUCCCUCUCGUCGGAAGAUGAGUCUCAUACUGGAGCAAGCUGGAUUGCGUGACUUCAGUCAAUUGAAUAUGCAACUGUGGGGACCGGUCGCCCAAUUGUCCAUCGUUCUGACUCAUUGUGACAGUGCUCUGGUUCAUCGGCUAACGAAUAACUCCCCUGGUGGUAAUCUGCUUGCUCAGGUGUUAGUAGAGUUGCCGCAAUCAGAGGAGGCCUGUACUCUGGUGUCCGCACUGUCAUCUAUCAGUUCGAUGGCCGUACCGUUGGGGAUUCUCUCACCUCCACCAAACAUGUUGCCAAAUCCUAUUCCACCUGGUACCAUUGGGUUUGUGUGUCUGAGCUACAUCCUGAAGCGCAACCACAUUUACGGUCUUAUCCCAGCGGAUUCCGAGCAGUUUCGGCAAAAUUUGCCUUCUAGGCAAAAGGUCCACUCGAACUUAUCGAUCGAAGUAGAUAUUGUCCCCGGGUCUACUGGAAAACCUGAGGUUGACAAACUGGCAUCGCGUCUUGCCAAUGCCUCAGUGGCACAUGGAGAUGCCUCCAAGACCCUUCUGAAGGUCCCUAAGGGCACGCGAGAUCGGAAUCCGUUCCAAAUGAGGGUUCUGGAAGAUGUGUUUUCCACAAUUAUCCAGUCUUUUAAACGUCACGAUGCUGUUACUAUCGAUACACCUGUAUUUGAACUUAAGGACUGCGGCGAUACGGCGGUCACCAGCGUCCGUCGCGACAAUAAACAUCUCCCGGACCCUUGGCAGUUUGAGGAGCAGUUGCUGGCCCAACGUCCGACCUUCGACAUGUGCUUCCCUCGUCCAUUCGAAUUACCGAUUUCGCCCGAGCAAGUCGUACAGUGGAGCAACAAUCGUGUUGAACUCCUUGACAAGCCGGCUGUAGAUUUUGACAUUGCUGGUGAGUAUGGUCCGAUGCUGGCAGAUGUCGAAUGUUUACGGAUCGUUUACGAAGUGUUAUCCGAACUGGCUCUGGGAGAAUUUGUGAUCAAAGUCAAUCACAGGCGAUUGUUGGAUGGCCUGUUUCGAGCAUGUGACGUGCCCGCGGAGAAGUUCAACGCCACUUGUUCUGCUGUGGACAAGUUGGACAAAACUCCCUGGUCCGAAGUAGAGCGAGAGCUUUGUGAGGAAAAAGGACUGCCGAAGGCAACGGUGGACAAAAUCGGAGGGUACGUUCAACUUACUGGUGGGACGGACCUUAUCGACCGGUUGGAGGCGGACACUUGCCUAAUGGAGCAAGAGUCGGCUCGAAAUGCGUUGGUGGAUAUCCGGCUUUUGUUGAGCUAUUGCGAGUCCCUCGGUAUAGCCGAUCGCGUUCGUUUUGACCUCAGUUUGGCUCGUGGACUAGACUAUUAUACCGGUGUCAUUUACGAAGCUGUUCUCACAGGUUUCACGUAUGAUCCAAAAGCACCGUCGGCAAAGGAGACCAUACCAACAGCAACGAUGACUACAACCUCUGAUCCCUCCUCGAAAAAACAAAAGAAAAAGAAGAAAUCCAAACACGAACCAGACGCCAUGAAUGAUACUGACACACCAAUCCCAGGUGAACCCUUGGCUGUUGGCAGUGUUGCCGGGGGCGGUCGCUACGACGGACUAGUUGGCAUGUUCGACCUAUCGGGAACUCCAGUCCCCUGUGUAGGUGUUAGUUUCGGCGUGGAACGACUAUUAGCCAUAAGUGAGGCUCUCGCAACCGCUGGGUCACAAGCUACCAAAAACAAAUGUGUUCGUCCCACAGAGACCGAGGUAAUGGUCGCAGGUGCUCACAAAGGUUUAAUCUUGCAGCGGUUGGAAUGUUGCCGUCGUUUAUGGGAUGCAAAAAUAAAGACUACGAUGUCACACAAAAGCAACCCAAAACUGCUGGAUCAGCUUCAGUACUGUGAGUCCACUGGAAUUCCGUUUGCUGUUAUCCUCGGUGAUGGUGAAUUGCAACGCGGUGUUGUCAAAUUACGAGUAGUCUCAACGCGGGCGGAGCGUGAAGUGCCGUACGACGAUUUGGUAUCAGAGUUACGGAAAGAAUUGGCACUUUGGCGUGGUCAAUGAAGACGGCUACCUUGAAACAACUGAUACCAGACUCCUUCCAUGUCGUGGAUUUCCUACACACAGAUAUUAUCCCCUUGAUGCUUCGUGUGAAUGUCCUUUCAGUGCUUUGGAAUACCUGCUGUUUUGAGGUUUUGAUUUGCGAACGGAGGGAUGACGCAUGAACUCUCUGCAUCCAAAUAUAGAGACCAUCACAAGCAGCCAGUUAC